GUAAGUGUAAUAGAGUAACCUGCAGAAAAUGUCGUCACACACAUUCGUGGAAGAAAGAAAAAAUCGCCUGUAUUUAAAGAGUCCGCUUGCUGCUUACCCUUUUUGAAUAGGAAACUUAUAUUGCAGCACAACCACGUUCAACUUCACACCAAGAAUAAGAUCAUUUGACCAACCUACAACAACAACAACAACAAACCUCAACAACACAAUAUGUCUUCUCAGCAGCCUACCACCUCUCAAGGCGGCCCCAAGGCCACCGGCGGCAUGUCUGGGGCCACCCCCACUCCCGCAAACGCCCACCUCGGAAAUCAGACUGGCGAGAAGCCCAAGGCUUUUGACUCUGAAGGUGCUAUUGGCAAGCAGUUCACUGCGACCGGCGCAAUCGGCCAAAUCGGCGAAGCAGUUGGCGGCCCUCUCUCCUCCUCCGGUGUGAUUGGCAAGCAGUUCACCGACCAGGGCGCCAUUGGCGGUACUGUUCAGGACGCUCUUGGUGGCCCUUCCUCGGCCCUUCUUCUCCGCAUCCGCUGUCCCCGGCCCCCGCCCCGAUCGCAUUCGGCAUCCCACACCCCGCGAUCCCAGAACCUCCCCGAAACAACCCGCUGCCACCGGUGGAGAACCCUGGUUGCCGCCUCCGCCUCCGACAUGAAAGAAGGCACCCCGGCCCCGGUCCCGGUCCAAGGCCCGGUCUCGGCCGCCUCGCCGUUAGAUACUGCCGCCGGACUCAAGACGUCGCACUCACAUCUCGCCGGCCUGGCAACACAAUCACAAAAGACUCGCGCCGCACUGCUUGGGGCUGAUGGCGGUGAUGUCGUCGACACGAAACCAACAGCUUCGACAAGCACAACAUCAAAAUGGAACACCAAAAACCUCGGCCUACGACUGGGUGCUGACCUCGUCAGUGCCGCUGCGGCAGCUGUGCUUGUUGCGCCUGUUAUCUCUAUCAUUGACCGCUCAAUAAUGGAAAAUGCCUCCGGCGCCGCCCCCCUCCUCACCUCCCUCCGCCGCUCCCUGCGCUCCCUUCUCUCCUCUCCCCGGUCCACCAUCCUCUCCCGUCCCUUCGGCCUCAUCUUCCUCUUGUACGGCGGCACCUACCUAACCGCCAACACGCUGGACACGACCGUCGCCACUGUUCAAAACAACCCCAACCCAGCGCACGUCACCUCGGGCAGUUCCAAAUUCUUCGCCUCCUCCGCCGCCAACAUUGGUCUCUGCAUCUACAAAGACCAAGUCUUUGUCCGCCUCUUCGGACCCCCCGGCGCUACACCCAGACCCGUGGGACUGCCAAGCUAUCUCCUGUUUGCGGCCAGGGAUUGCAUGACGAUUUUUGCGAGUUUCAAUGUUCCCCCUCUGCUUGGGCCGGUGUUGACGGAGAGGUUAAGCAAGGAUGCGCAGAAAUGGGUCAGCGGACAGACGAUGGCGCAGUUUGCGGCGCCGGCGGUGGUGCAGCUUUUCAGCACGCCCGUGCAUCUGUUGGGGUUGGACAUGUAUAAUCGCCCCUCGGGUGGUUCGGGAGCUGCGCCGAGUUGGGGAGAGAGGUGGUCGUUGGUGAAAAAGAAUUGGGCGGUUAGUGUAGCGGCGAGGAUAUGUAGGAUUGUGCCGGCUUUUGGUGUGGGUGGGGUCGUUAAUAUGAAGGUUAGGAAGGGUUUGAUGGAGAGGUUGAGUUAGACGAUGGGGGUGAGGGAGCGUGCCCCGAUUGGGGAUUUGAGGAUGGAUGGAUGGUUAGAUGGGCGUGUAUGUGUGUUGCUGUUGCGUUUGUGAAGAUGAGUAUAAAGCUGCAUAGAGCGGCGGCAGGUGUCGGGAUAGAGGCUAGGCGUUUGGGAAUGCUCUCUGGUGCUUCAAUUUCAUGGGUUUUGGCGUCGUCUCUUGCUUGUGGGCUUGUGGUCUUAGAAAGCCAGUUUUGGCUGUAUCAUAUGGUGUAGAAAGAAGCGGCAACCUCUAAUGGUACACGGAGAG